AUGGACAUGAUGUUAUUUCCAUUGUUGCUUCUGGCUGCUGUAUUACCUCCAUCCCUUCUUCAAGUAUUUGUUAAAGAUAUGAAUUUUGAGGAUUUGAUAACCUCUAAAGAGUCAGUCCAAGAAGAGAUUGUAAACAAGCACAACCAACUGAGAAGAAUGGUUUCUCCACCUGGUAGUGACUUACUAAAGAUGCAAUGGAGUAAUGAUGCCCGAGUGAAUGCACAGAAAUGGGCAAAUCGGUGCUAUUACACACCCAGUCUUCAAGGAGACAGGACCACCGUUGUUUAUGGUCACAUGCUAGUGGGGUUAGAAGCAGUGUCAAAAAGUUCUACAUCACACCAGGUUCCUCCUGGUGUCCAUAGGUUCUUUGAUGCCUUCAUUUUGAUACCAAGCUCCUUGGCCUCAGCCAAGCCUUCUGCAUCCUCAUCAUCUUGCAAACUCUCAAAGGUGACAAAGAAGAAACUUCUCUGA